AUGGCAGAGAACUUGGUAAAGGAAAGGCAAGCAGAAGCUCUGGCCGGGAAGGAAAUGAAGUCUACAAUAGUAAAGUCGACGAUGCAAAGCGUUGUAAAUAUUGACGAGGAAAGUCAACUUAAUACUGCACUUGACCAAGAAGCUGAAGAUCUGGUUGACAUCAACCCUGCUGCCCCUGCAAGUUCAAGCGAAGUUAACAGCCUGUACAAAGUGGAUAAACCCCCCUCGACUAAAUCAAAGAGGAAGAAGAAGCUUGAGCUGGAAGACGAAUUGAUGGCCAGCUGCCUUAAAGAAAUCAAGAAGCCCAGAGAAGAAACUUCAGCAGAUGAAUUAUGGGCAAAAUAUAUUGGCCAACAGCUGACAAAAGUACCUGAAGGAUAUCAGAAAGAGUAG